CAGGAGGCCAGCAGGAGCUGCCCAGCCACCUCCACCCUGAGGAAGCAAGAGGUUGCAGGUCGGCAGGCCCAGGCCACCGAGGAAGGACCCUGGAGAGCCACAGCCACUGCUGCCCACUGAGCCACCUGCCCACAGGACAAGACAAAGCAAACCAGAAGGAGGUACCAAGCCCUUGUGUCCAUGGCCCUGCCACAGGGCCCAGCAGACAGCAGCAUCCCCCCUGGGGACCCCAGCCCCUCUACAGGGGCUCCAGGUCCCAGCCAGACCCCCACCAGCCCAGCAGCCAGCCGGCGGGCACUUCUCCAGGAGCUCGAAGCUCAGGUGCAAGCAGCUUAUGGGCAGGAUCGGGACCUGCGACCUGAGGAGAUUGAAGAGCUGCAGGUCGCCUUCCAGGAGUUUGACCGAGACCGGGAUGGCUACAUCGGCUAUCGGGAGCUGGGUGCCUGCAUGCGGACCCUGGGCUACAUGCCUACGGAGAUGGAGCUCAUUGAGAUCUCACAGCAAAUCAGUGGCGGGAAGGUAGACUUUGAAGACUUCGUGGAGCUGAUGGGCCCCAAGCUGCUGGCUGAAACGGCAGACAUGAUCGGAGUCAGGGAGCUUCGGGACGCCUUUCGGGAGUUUGACACCAACAGGGAUGGCUGCAUCAGUGUGGGGGAGCUUCGGGCUGCCCUCAAGGCCCUGCUGGGGGAGCGCCUCAGCCAGCGGGAGGUGGAUGAGAUUCUGCAGGAUAUCGACCUCAAUGGAGAUGGCCUGGUCGACUUUGAAGAAUUUGUGCGAAUGAUGUCUCGCUGAGCCUGUAGAGAAGCUGGAGGCAGCCAACUGGACGGGGACCACAGCCUCUUCAAACUGAGUGUGUUCCCCGAAUCCCAUCCUAUACAGCUGGGAUCCUCCAUCCCUGCC